AAUGCUACCAUAUUGUUUUGGAUGUAAGAAAAAGAUUAAUAAGCUGAAGCAAGGUGUUUGUUCACUUUGUCAUCAUAAAGUCCAUUGGGCUUGUUUAUCAGAUGGAUUAUGUUCUAUAUGUUCAAGUGUUGAUAAAAAAAGAAUCAGAAUUAUUCUGAGCAAAUGUGAUGAAAUUUUACAAGAUAAAUCUACCAAUAAAGUCUCAAAUGCUGAAAAUAUAGAUCUAAAUCAUUCAAGAGAAGAGAUAGAUGUGCAAAAUAUAAUAAUGGAUGUUGAUCAUGAAGAAGUGGUUACCCUUAUUGAAACACUGAAUUGUGAUGCAGAGUACAGGCUUGUUGAUAAUCUUAGUGAAAGCAGCCCUCUGCAUGGAAAUAUAUUACAUUUGAAUGAGAAUGAUAUCAAUAUGGAGGAGUCCUUUGAAAGUAUACCAGAGGUGAACUAUGACAGCAAUGGAACCAAAAAGAUAGUUAUGGAUUUUGAAAAAGCUGUUUGGAAAGCUGUAUUAAAUAAUUGGGAAAAUGUAAAUCUGUCAGGAUGCUUAUUCCAUUGGAAUCAGGCAGUUUAUAGAAAAAUUCAGGAGCUUGGUUAUUCAUCAGACUUCAACAAAAAAAAUGGACAAUGGUUUGAAAUGAGACAGCUAAUGGCUUUGCCAUUCCUUCCAUCUCACAUUAUUCCAAUAGAGUUUAUUAAAAAUAAGGAUUACCUUAAAUCAAUUGAUAAACUUGCUGAUUUUAUUGAUUAUUUUGAAAGAACUUGGAUUUUGAAUGAUGUUUGGUCACCAAAAUGUUGGUCUAUCUAUCAAUGUGCAAUCAGAACAAAUAAUGAUGUUGAGGGAUUUCACAAUAGGUUGAAUGGAAAUGUUGGAGUGAAUGUUUCAUUUUAUUCUGUGAUAGAUGAAUUGAAAAGGGAAGCAGACCUUAUAGCAGCAUAUCAAAGAAUGUUAUCAGAAAAGAAGAUAUUAAGAUACCAAAGAAAGUUUUAUAAGAACCUCCAAAAUAAAAUAUUUUCAAUUUGGGAAAGAUUUGAAAAGCAUGAGAUUACUUCAUCAGAAGUUCUAGUAAAGUGUUCUGAACUUUAUUUAGUAGCUCAAUAA